UUUCUUCUGCUCAACGUUGGUUGAGCCAACUCCUUUUCUCUCUUCCCUCUCUCUCUCUCUCUCAGAAGAAUACACAAAAGAUACCGAGUAUUUUCAGAUGCUCUCGCAAUGGUAAAUCAACUAAAGGAGAAGAAAAAACAAGUUCAACAGCAGCAUAAUCUCGACCCUGAGAACCCUGAAGCUGAACCUUCUCGAUUCUUCUGUGGGAGCUUUUGCUCUGCUCUGUCACGUCUGUUUAGUCUAACAUGUGUCAUCUUUUUGGUCCUUAGCUUUGCGACUCUCCUUUCAGCGAUCUUCUGGCUGUUCCCGCCGCGUCGAUCGCUGCCUACUAGACACCAUGCUGAUGAUAUAGUUCAUCUCAAUGCAUCAGUAGAAGCAUGCUUUAGACUUCAUAAACAAGCUUCUGAGGUCAUUUCCCAUAAAGGAAAGCUAGAGAUGGAUAUCUUUUCAAGUAUACAUCUUAGGAACAACACCAAGGUGACUGUUCUGUCUCUGCAUCAACCAGGUGCAUCUAAUUUCACUCAUGUCAAGUUUGGAGUUCUGCCUGUUCCUACUAACCAUACAAUGACAAAACACUCGUUAACUUCGCUGCGAUCUUCUUUCGUUAACCUCUUUGCUCAAAGUUGUGAUCUGAAUCUGACCACAUCAACUUUCGGGAAGCCAACAUCUUUUCAGGUUCUGAAGUUCCCUGGUGGAAUAACUGUGGAUCCUCUGGGACUUGAACCUGUCUCUGGAUUACUAGAGCUUCUCUUUAGCUUCACCCUCGAAUUCUCCUUGUCCGAGAUACAAGACAGAGUGGACCUUUUGAAAAAUCAGCUCGAGCUUGUGUUGCAUUUGGAGCUGUUUGAGAGUUUUCGUGUAGUUCUAACUAAUCAUAAAGGAUCUACAGUUUCUCCUCCGGUAACUGUCCGGGGCUGUGUGGUCUCAAACAUGACAAUUAUGGAAAGCCAUAUUCAGCAGAGGUUCGACCAUCUUGCUCAGCCCCCUGCUAAAAACUUCGGUCUAGACAACUCAGUUUUUGGUGAAGUCAAGAAUGUUACUUUCACAAGUUACCCGGUGGGCAAAGUUCUUGAUUCUGAUUCGGUAUUGGCAACUAACGCCAACUUCUUGACAUGAAGCUUCUUACCUUUGUGAAUGUUUCUUAGUAGCGGUGAUAAAAUGUAUAAUAAAGAUUGGUGACUUGUAAAGGCUUAACAACUGCUAGCCGCAGCAGGUCUAAAGUCAUCUCUGGCAGUAUCUAUUUAGCUUUAGAACUAAACUGUCU